GCGACCCGGGCACCCCCCGUGCAGCUUAUAAGCCUCGGUGCCUCCACCGUGCUUGGCCACUUCCUCAAGCACAGCAGCUGCCCACGCUUUCCAUCACAGAGCAGAUUCUCUGCCCGCGCCGGCCGGACCGGCAGAACUCCACGCGGGGACGCCACCCGGGAGAGGCCACACCAUGGGCGCGGGCGGCAAGCGGGGGCACCCUCUCCUGAGGGGCGGGGGCGCGAGGACGGAGCGCUACACCCACGGGUUCUCGGCGUCCCAGAUGGCCGCGCUCACGGCCCUGUGCGGCGCGCUGGUGCCGUCGCUGCCGCCCGCGGGCGGCCGGAGCCUGCAGGAGGAGGACGGCGGCCGCGGCGGGGGCGGCGACAAGGUCGUGGAGGAGUUCCUCCUGGCCUCGGCCGCCGACGCGCCCGUGCCGGACGAGGUCGCGGAGCUCAUGUCGCGGCGGUGCCUCCCGGAGGCGCUGGCGCUGGUGCGCGCGGUGCUGUGGCUGCUGGGCACGCGGCUGGGCUCCCUGGCGCUGUGCGGGGCGUCCCCGUGCCUGUCGUGGCGGUUCCCGUUCGUGCGCCGCUUCGCCGAGCUGCCCCCCGAGCAGCGCGAGGCCGCGGCGCGGCGGUGGAGCCGGCAGGCGCUGCUCCCGCCGCUGCGCAUGUUCUUCCUCAUCACCAAGGUCUUCUGCCUCUACGUCUUCUACUCGUGGACCGAUGAGAAGUCGAAGAACCCGCACUGGCGCGCCAUCGGCUACACCCCGCCGCUAGCCGACGAGGAGCCGGCGGCGGAGGAGGAAGCAGAGCGUCCCGAGAACCGGCCCCUCGACGACGGCAUCGUGGAGACGAUCAACGAGACCGACGCGUCCCUGCUGGCGUCGCUCGCGGGGAAGGGGCUCGCGGUGACCGAGGACGUGGCGCGGAACGUGUGCAGGGUCGAGUGCGACGUCGUCAUCGUCGGCUCCGGCUGCGGCGGGGGCGUGUCGGCCGCGGUGCUCGCGGGGGCGGGCUACAAGGUGGUCGUGAUCGAGAAAGGGAACUACUUCACGGCGCGGGACUACACGUCCCUCGAGGCGCCGUCCAUGAACCAUCUCUACGAGGCCGGCGGGUUCGUCAGCACGAUCAGUGGCAGCGCGCUGGUGCUGGCCGGCUCGACGGUCGGCGGCGGCACGGCCGUGAACUGGUCCGCCUGCAUCAAGACCCCCGACGACACCCCCGACGACGUGCGCGGGGAGUGGGCGCGCGAUCAGGGGCUCCCGCUGUUCGCCACCGACGAGUACGCCGCCGCCAUGGACAAGGUGUUCGAGCGGCUCGGCGUGACGCACGGGUGCACGGAGGAGGGGCUCCAGAACAAGGUGCUCCGCAAGGGGUGCGAGAAGCUCGGGUACAAGGUGGAGCCGGUGUCGAGGAACUCGUCGGAGGGCCACUACUGCGGCAGCUGCGGGUUCGGCUGCCGCACGGGCGACAAGCGCGGCACGGACACGACGUGGCUGGUCGACGCGGUGAGCCGCGGCGCGGUGAUCCUGACGGGGUGCAAGGCCGAGAAGCUGCUGCUGGAGCGUAGCGGCGGCGGCGGCGACGCAGGCGGCAGGGCGCAGCGAUGCGUCGGCGUGGUGGCGAGGAGCACCAACCCGGCGAUCACGAGGACGCUGGAGGUGCGCGCCAGGGCGACCAUCUCGGCGUGCGGGUCGCUCCUGACGCCGGUGCUGCUGCGCGGGAGCGGGCUCAGCAACCGGCACAUCGGCGAGAACCUCCACCUCCACCCGACGGCGCUGGUGUGGGGCUACUUCCCGGACACCGCGCCGGACCUCCGGGGCAAGACGUACGAGGGCGGCAUCAUCACUUGCCUGCACAAGCUGGAAGGCCCGGGGGGCGCGCCGGCCCGCGCCAUCCUGGAGACGCCGGCGAUGGGCCCCGCCUCCGCGGGGACGCUGUUCCCCUGGGUGUCCGGGCGCGACAUGAAGGAGCGGAUGCUCCGGUACGGGCGCACGGUGCACCUCUUCUCCUUGGUCAGGGACCGCGGGUCCGGCACCGUGCACGGCGAGCGCCGGGUCACGUACCACCUCGACGCGGCGGACCGGGAGGACAUGCGCGCGGGCCUGCGCCGCGCGCUGCGUGUCCUGGCGGCGGCGGGCGCGGCGGAGAUCGGCACGCACCGCAGCGACGGGCAGCGGUUCGUGUGCAGGGGCGCCACGGAGGCGGCGCUGGAGGAGUUCCUGGACGGCGUGGGCGUGGUGCGCGGGCCGCAGUCGAAGGCCGAGGACUGGAGCCUGUGCUGCACGGCGCACCAGAUGGGGAGCUGCCGGAUGGGCGCCACGGCCGCGGACGGCGCCGUGGACGCGCGCGGCGAGAGCUGGGAGGCCGGGGGCCUGUACGUGUGCGACGGCAGCGUCCUGCCGAGCGCCGUGGGCGUCAACCCCAUGGUCACCAUCCAGUCCGUCGCCUACUGCCUCGCCACAGGCAUCGCCGAGUCGCUCAGGCGCGACACGGCAUCUGAGAAGAGCUACCGAUACCACGCUUUUACCGCUUGAUGAAAUGUCCCUGUGUAUUACAAAAUAAACCAUAGCGAUUUCGUGAUUCGCGUGAUGAGUAACGAAUUCAAAUUUCAAAUCACCA